AUGCCAUCUAAACCGAGGCCAAAAGUCACUCCGCAGACGGGUAGCAUGUUUGACGGUAUAGUCCGGGAGAUGCCGGGCAUACGCAUUGACCGCUUUACAGACGAAGUGCCGUUACACUUUUCCAGAGAAAUGCGAAUACUUCAUCAGCAAACCGACCUCUAUUUGCUAUCAUAUUGCCAUACGGACCGUUUGGUAGGCCUCGAGCGGAAGGACUUGACAGGAACACCCAUUUACUGCUCAGAGGUGACUAAGAAGCUCGUGGCGCUAGAUCCUAACUUCAAACACAUUGUGCACCGCUUAAAACCACAGCCGCUCAAUGUACCCGUGUGGGUGGAGAUACGUGGAUCUACGGUCAAAAUUGUGCUUGUACCGAGUUACCACUGUCAUGGAUCCACAAUGUUUGUGCUUGAAGGUGUGACAGGUCCCCUCAGGGGUGUAUCGGUACUCUAUUCGGGGAAUAUCCGAGCGGAAAGCUGGUGGUGUCAGUCUUUGGCCAAAAACUCGCACUUGUUUCCGUAUACAGUCUCGUCCCGUGCCAAAACGUUUGAUACCAUCUACUUAGAUACCACGUUCGGCUGCCGCGCAGGGCCGUUCAUCACAAUGCCCCUGAACCACCAGGGACUUCAGUUGCUUCUCCUGAUGUUGUUGGCAUAUCCACUAGAUGAUCCAGAUAUUGAGUUCUCCUUCAGCAACUGGAAAGAUUUGGGGUUUGAGGAAUGUUGGUGCACGAUUAUUUCGGCUCUCAACACAAAUCUCCACGUGUCGAGUCCUGAGAUGCGCAAACGGCUUGGGGUUUUGUGUCGGACAUCUCGCCAGGAUCUUCUUGGUUAUGGGGAAACGCUAUACCAGUCGAUGACACUGCAUGAUUCAAGGGCGCUUCAGAAUUGCGAUCAUUUCCCGGGAACUACCAUGGAGCCGUUCAAAGCGCGGUUCCACAUCUGUAACGAGCUGGGAGACUGGUGCAGCCAACCACCGCCGGCAUUUCAGGUCCAAAUCAAACCUGUGACCAACUCCUCGUUGUUCGAGCUUACGCAGUGCUUUCCUCUUCGAAUGGCAGACGCUAGCCCCCAUGUGAAGUUGGUGAAGACAACGAAACGAGGAAACAGAAUUUACGAACACAAUGGUAUGAUAUAUCUACUAAAACAGGAUACUGAAGAAUUGCUUCCCAGCGAUAUAACGUUCUUUUUCUCCCGACAUUCGUCCUACAUGGAGUGCCGAGAGUUUGUGGGCCUUUUCCGUUCCCGUGAGGUGUUUCCUUGUGCGGAGUCGGAAACCACGUGGAAUUGUGGGCUCCAGAUGGACCGGAUAUUUGGAGAUCUCUACAUCAACGAGUCUCUGGCGUAUGACGACGAAAUGUGCAGAAGGUACUCUCAGGCGAUUCCUCACGGGCCCGUGGAAACAGUUGACCUCUGGAACCUCGAAAGCUUGGCCCUGAAGCUCCCAGAAGAGGUCAGGGCAGUACAAUACAUCGUAGACGAAACCAAUUCUGUCAGCCUCGAAAACUGCACUCAGAAUACGAACUUGGAUCGGAAGAAUGGCUACCAUCCCCAUCAGGUUUUCCAGGAGCGACACCACCCGGAGGUUCAGAAGUUUUUGAAGCACACCCAGAGCUACUUCAGAGCUACGCGGCCGAGGAAAUUUGGCGGUAGGGAAGAAAUUGGGAACUUGGCCGACAAUGUAAUCCAAAAAGAGAAUUCGUGCAACUCUGGAGCGGUGGAUAUCAUACCACAUCACCAGCUAAAGUUUUUUGACAAACUUUCUGUUACGCAUGGGGUUACGGGUGGUGAGAUGCUGCCAAUUGUAAUUUCCAGUCUGAAUGUUGAACUACUGUCUGAGAACUCGUUUCAGCCAGAAAUUACCCCUAUGAAUGAGGCCGCAUCGCGUCGAAGAUUUGUGCAAAGAAUCGCGAAUAGCAGCUUGAAUCUGCACGACUUGAUCGUUUUACGGUCAUCCACGAUGAUCACUGAAAUAGCAAAAAGCACGGGAACUACUUCUCCGCCAUUCUCUAUCAAAGACAUCAGGGACAGAACCGUCUCGUCAGACGGCAAGAGAAAGCUCAGGCCCGCCAAAAAGCCUCUAGGGGAGUUCAGAAUGGCGUACGUUCAUCGUGAAGUAGACAUUCAAAGCUUUAUUUCCCCCGGGGAAUACUCGCACCAUGACCGGAUGAAGCUUAGCCAAGGGAUAAACUGCCUUGAGCCAUCGGAGAACGACAGUGAAAUGGAGAAGCUCCGCUACUUUGGUCGUGUAGCGUAUAAUGGGCUUUGGAAAAAGGUAAAGCUUCAGUGUACGCGUCAGAGAUGA